GCUGGGUUGUUUACAUUACUGGCACACGGGUCAGCAGAGUGGUGAUGAGAGGGGCCUAGCUAGUGCAGAGACUAUCUGAAAACACGUACACAUCUCGACCGGCUCGAACAGCACAGUCUCUCUCUCUCUCUCUCUCUCUCUCUCUCUCUCUCUCUCUCUCUCUCUCUCUCUCUCUCUCUCUCUCUUUCGAAAAAAACUUUUCAAAGCUCAGGCAACGGUGCAACGCAAGAAGAGAGGCCCGACAAGUUCACUUUUAGGAGCGACCUUGGAAAGAAAAGGGAAAGUCAAAACAAAGACAACCGCCAUAACCAUCAGGAGAACCUUUCAGCGUGAAGAAGGAAUAGCUUAGCAACAGAGUCCCACUUCCUGAGGUGUAAAGGAUCAAGCUCCUAACACCAUGGAUAUGGACACACAGCCACAAGGACAACAAGCAGCCGUGCCAGUCUUUCAACCCCAGAAACCAUUGCAACCAGACAUGGGCCAUAACUCGCUGGCAAACUUCCAGAUUGAGAAGAAGAUUGGACGUGGCCAGUUCAGUGAGGUGUACCGGGCGAGGUACCUGUUAGACAACACGUCAGUCGCCCUGAAGAAAGUCCAGAUAUUCGACUUGAUGGAUGCCAAAGCUCGGCAAGAUUGCAUCAAAGAGAUAGAUCUCCUUAAGCAAUUAAACCACCCCAACGUGAUAAAGUACCAUGCGUCUUUUAUUGAGGACAAUGAGCUGAACAUCGUCCUGGAGUUAGCGGAUGCAGGGGACCUCUCGCGUAUGAUCAAGCACUUUAAGAAGCAGAGGAGGCUUAUCCCAGAGAGAACCGUGUGGAAGUACUUUGUCCAGCUCUGCAGUGCGCUCGAACACAUGCACUCCAGGAGAGUCAUGCACAGAGAUAUCAAGCCGGCCAACGUAUUCAUCACAGCUACAGGAGUAGUGAAACUCGGAGACUUGGGACUGGGACGAUUCUUCAGCUCCAAAACCACCGCCGCUCACUCACUAGUGGGUACUCCUUACUACAUGUCACCGGAGAGGAUACAUGAAAACGGAUACAACUUCAAAUCUGACAUCUGGUCGCUAGGAUGCCUGCUGUACGAGAUGGCAGCCCUGCAGAGUCCGUUCUAUGGGGAUAAGAUGAACCUUUACUCCCUUUGUAAGAAGAUAGAACAGUGCGACUACCCCCCUCUUCCCUCAGAUCACUACUCAGAGGAGCUGAGGAACUUGGUAGAUAUGUGCAUCAACCCUGACCCGGAGAAGAGGCCGGACAUCACCUACGUCUAUGACAUUGCCAAACACAUGCAGAACCUGACACAGGGCAGCUAAGCCCAGAGUUACACACGUAUAGCUCGCAGAACUCCUCCCCACGUCCCUCCUCGCUUUUCAUGCUGGACUCGUACAAAUGUAUCAGCUUUUAUACUGAAACUCCAGAGUUUAGCUCCUUGUGAUAGGUGGAACGUGUAACAGAUUCAUUUUCAAGGUGAAGGUACAGUCUAUAACAUGAUUGACACCCAAACCUUUUCUGCCCUAGGAUAAAGAUUAUAGAGAUUACUUUUGUCAGAUGGACCUCCCAUUCCAUAGACUUUAAUAAUGUUACAGCACUGAGAAUCAGUGUAUUGUAACUCACUGAUGUGUUAUUUGCUAUGGCUUUAAAAUGCAUGUCCUCUGUAUAUCCAUGCAAUGAAGUAAAGUCGUUCUUCAGCAGCUGCUAUGAGCAUAUGCUGUCUAAAGACAAUAUACUGGAACAUUAGUAAAAACAAACACAUUUAAAAGGCAAAGUUAGGUGUUACCUAUCCUCAAAACAGUUCAUCAAUACAAAUAUCAGGACUAAUAAAAAUGACCAUGCCCGGUUUGGUGGCUCUCAUGAGACCUACGCUCAGCAAAUGUCACACAAACACCAUGAAAACUUUGAGAACAAUAGUAAAAUUAGAGUGAGGAGAUUUUUACUCGAUGGCGUCAAAACUGAGAGACGUAACAGUGUUAUUGAUGGUUGAAGCGUUGUUGUGUUGCACUUGUUACCCUGGUACUGGGUAGGCUGGCAGGGUGAUCAUGUCUAAUGAAUGUAUUUUGGAAAGGAAGGAUCAUUUAGAGGGUAGACUAGAGACGUGCCGGGGGGGAGAACACGGGCAAAUGUCUCCACAACACUUUGAAUGUACGUCAUUUUGACACCUAUGUAUUGUCUUUCAAAAUACAGAAUGUCUCUUUUUUUGACAGCCUAGAAGGAGUUGUAGAAGCUGAAAGAAAAGCAGUUUUACGUUUGCUGUUUACCUUAGUCACUGACGCCAAAAGAUUUCCUUCUUGGUUCAACUUAAGC